AUGGUUCCAGCUGACGUAUUGCUCGAAACUCUCGUUCCGGGCUACGGGCUUUUAGCUCGUUCACUUCCGUCUUAUUUUUACGUUGAUAUUACCUCCUAUCUUCUUGUCAUUGCAGGAAACCUCGCGUUCUGGGCGUAUGCCAUGCCAUUGUUUUGGGACCGAUUCCAAUCCCUCCUUCUACUGUUCUCGACGUCGGUUGAAAUUGGCUAUCACGACGAUCUGUAUGAUGAUGCCAUGCGAUGGAUUUCUAAGCAAAGCACCUUGAACCAUACGUUGCGAUUCGUUGCUGGCACAAGAAUCAACUUUGCUACCCUUUGGGAUGACACGGAGGAGGAUGAGAGAGAUCUUUCCGAAGCGGAUCAAUUGCGAUUCGAAAAUGAUCCAAGGCCGUUUUGGAUAAAGAGGGCGGAACUCAAUAAUCUUCGAACAAUUCGUUACACCCCCGCGCCAACUCAAACCCAUUAUUUUACCUACCGUGGAUGUUUGAUGGCUCUGCGUCGUCAACCGUAUAAAGAUGCCGGAAGUCCUUGGGUUGCAAGCAUGGAAAAGCUAUAUUUUUAUGCAGCCCCGUGGAGAAGGGAUGUGUUAAAGGACCUUCUGUAUAGCAUCCAGAAGGAUUCUAGCGAGCAUGACAAACGUUGUGUUGUGAAACGCGGUCUUAAACUGAGAUCCGAUUUCCAAUGGACACGGAUGGCAUCCAAGAAACCACGGCCCCUGUCGACAGUUAUCAUGGAUUCGGAACUGAAAAGGAGUAUUGUCCAAGAUAUACAAAACUACCUACAUCCUCGCACCCGUUCCUGGUACCAGUCCCGAGGUCUUCCGUAUCGGCGAGGUUACCUAUUUUACGGCCCGCCAGGUACAGGGAAGUCGAGUCUGUGUUUCGCAAUUGCCAGUCUGGUGCAGCUUGAAAUUUUUAUGGUCAGUCUCAGCGCAAGCGAUCUUGACGAAAAUGGCCUGGCUCUUCUAUUCCAGUCCCUUCCGAAUCGAUGCAUCGUUCUGUUUGAAGAUGUGGACCAGGCCGGCAUCCGGAAACGCGACACCGAUAUUCCUCUGUCACGGAACCGGUGCGAAACAGACGAAAUCACCGACUGCGACGGCUUGGAAUGCCACAGUUCCGAGCGGCGAUCAAGCGGUAUAACUCUUUCCGCAUUGCUCAAUGUCAUUGACGGUGUAUCAGCGCAGGAAGGCAGAAUCCUAAUCAUGACAACUAACCACAUCGAGAAACUUGACGGCGCUCUCCUUCGUCCUGGACGAGUAGAUAUGCGAGUUCCCUUCCACCAUGUCGACUCGUCAGCUAUUCAGCAGCUUUUUCUCUCCUUCUUUCUAAAGCCCACUGAUACACUGGUUAUGGAAGGCACGGAGUUAAUUAAUUCGAUCGAUUCACGGCCUCCCGCGGCCCGCCCCGAUUGGGAUAUUGAGGAAAUCAUGAAAUUGGCACUCGCAUUCGGAGACAAAGUUCCUCAGGGCCGUUAUACUGCAGCUGAGGUUCAAAACUAUCUGUUGUUACACAGGAAUGAUCCUGAGUCCGCAGUUCGUGAUGUGGCAGGAUGGGUGGGUUAA